AUUACUGAUUAUGGAACUAUGUCUAUUUAUGGAUUUUAUCGACAACGAAUUGCACCUUUAGAAUUGUUUAUCAAUGGAAAUCCUUUAAGACUUGCAAGAUGGCCAAAUGAUUUUUUCAUCAAUAUAGUGAGUGUACCUGAUGGAAGAAGGGGUGUGAGAUUUGGUUACAACAACUCCCGUGAUACUAGAUGGGUUGGAGAAAAGGAACCCUGGGCUUAUGGAUAUUGGUUUUUUAGCUGGGCAGACCAAUCAGCAGAAAUUGCGAGUGUAAAUACCAGCUCGCAUGAAAUAACUCUGACUGCGCCGACUCAUUAUGGUCUAAAAACAGGCCAUUUGCAGAAAACAGACAAUAUAAAAGUGGGUAACGAUCAACAAGGCGGUUACUUCCGGGUCAUCAAUAUGUUAUCAGAAUUAGAUCAACCGGGUGAAUACUACAUCGAUAGAUCUACCGGGAUUCUAUAUAUGUGGCCCAACACACCUACAGGUUAUCUGAAUGAUUCAGAUAUUAUAUAUGCUUCUAUAUUAGAUGAUUGUAUUUCGAUAGCUGAAGGUGCUAACAAUAUUACUUUCCAAGACUUUACCAUAGAAGCAUGUCGUCGUUUCGGUAUCGACGGGACCAACUUAGAGAACGUUUCAUUUUUGAACCUGGAGGCUAAAAACUUGGGAUCAUAUGGUAUACGAUCUGCUGGUGAUAGUAGAAAUAUUACAGUAGCUGGAUGUGAAAUACAUGAUACUGAUGGUGGCAUCAACGUCUCAGGUGGAGAUAGGAUAGAUCUGAUACCAUCAGGAAAUGUUAUAGAAGAUAACCAUAUUUAUAAAGUUGGGCGUGAAACAUCUGUUGGUGCCGAUGGUAUCAGUCAUUCCGGUGUCAAUAACAUAAUCAGAAACAAUUACCUACAUCAUGGAACAUAUUCUUGUAUACUGUGGGCUGGAAACGAUCAUAUCAUGGAAUAUAACCAUUUCGAAGACUGUUGUCAGAAUGCAACCGAUGGUGGUGCUGUUCACUGUGGAAGAGACUGGAGCAUGCGUGGAAAUUAUAUACGGUAUAAUUAUUUUCAAAAUACACUGCGAACAUGGCCAGGUGGACAAAUUCGUGGAAUUAUGUUAGAUGAUGAAUUUUCCAGUGUUACCAUUGAACAUAAUGUUUUCUUCACUAAUGAAGUCCAUGCCAAUAUUGGUGGUGGUCGAGAUACUAUCAUCAGAUAUAACGUGUUUUAUAAUGCUACUGAAAUAUCUGUUGAUGUUGAUGGUAGAGGACUAAAUGGAUCAGAUCUACCAGAACUUGAAGCAGCACUCAAGGCUGUACCCUAUACCGAUGCUCUAUGGUCCUCACGAUAUCCAAAGUUAGCAGCUAUGGCAUAUGAUAAAGUCCCUGGAGCGCCACGGGGUAAUCAGAUCUACAAGAAUAUAUACUCUAUGGUGAAGGGAUCUAAAUUAAUAAGUUAUCACGGCUCAUAUUUAGAAAAUAAUACAUAUUUUAAUGUUACAGAGAAUUUCCAGUUAUAUUAA